AAAAAACAAUUAUCGGCUCUCGAGAAAACCUAGUAAGCGGCUCUUCUCAACUUCUACAUGGACGACGACAAAGGAUUGAAACGGAAGGGUAGGGAAAGAAUCAUUCCAAAAUUCAGUGACGCUGGGAGGAUUAUUGUUACGGGAUAUGACACUGGUCUUCCUCUUGAUGAUGUCGCGACGGCGUUGAAAAAUCACUUCUCUCGAUGUGGAAUGAUCACGGAUGUUUCUAUUCCCUUAGACUCCGCAAAGAAUUAUAAGAUUCUCCAGAGAUGUGGUUAUAUUUAUUUUGUGGGAGAAGGCGCAGUAGAUAAGGCGUUGCAACUUAACGGAAGUGACAUGGGAGGAAGGAAUGUCUCUGUUGAGGCUUAUCCGUAUGACGAAGAUGCAAACGAUAUGGUUCUGGUAAGAGUUGAAGGAUAUGACACUUCGCUUAGUAAGACUGAUCUCAAGACUGCUUUGAGUGAUCAUUUCUCUUCAUAUGGAUAUCUCAAAGAAUUCUAUAUUAUCGAGGGCUCAGCUGGAGCGAUGAUUUACGGAAAAGACGUAGCAGAUAAGGUGACUGAACUUAAUGGGAGCCACAUGGGAGGACACAAAUUAGCUGUUCGGGUGACUGCUAAACCUAGAAUACCCACUGUCCACAGACGCCAGCACCGCCAACGGCCACCCCCUACUCUCCCAGAAUCCCAUAGCUCUACCAGAGUACCAGUGAUGCAGCCAUUUCAAAAAGCAGAAGUGAAAGCUCCAAGACCCCAGAUAAAUUUUCUAAGAAGAAAAGGAAGUUAAGUGAGGAAGCUACAAUGGAGAGUAAAGCCAUUUCUACUAGUGUUGAGAAGCAAACGCCUGACCUAGAUGGGCUCAUUGUUGAAGAGUUAUGCCUAAGUAAACCCCAACGGCAAGAAAGCUGAGCCUGGAUUGAAUCCAUGAUGAGGUUUUUUAAGUUAUUAGUUGUCAAUCCUUAACCAAGUUUCUUACUGCAACUCUAAAUGAUCCGAGAAACUUCUCUUGCAGUUAAUAACUACAACAAACUUCACUGACCAAUAUGGCUCUACUCUGUUUCUUUCUGUCUCUUACAAAUUUGAGGCAAUAUUCUUUUUUCUAACAAUAUUCUCAAAA